GUAUCCACUAAGUUAUAGAUAAAGCAGGAGGCAAGAAAAAAAAUCUACUUUUGACUUGUCCGAGGUUAACCAUUCUUCGGAAUUUUGCACAAUUAUUUGCCGUCUGAAUUGGGAUGGACAAUGAUCGAACCGCAAGGAUCUUUUCUUUUUUAUUAUAUAUUUAGCUUGAAUGAUACCAUUACCAUGAUGAAGGGAACUGGAGAAUAAAAAGAAUUCAAUGAGGGGUUUUGGUUUUUUGCUUUUCGUCAGUACUAAUUUGCUCUUUCUGCUGUACAUAUCCAAAAUUUCCCUUGCAGUUGACAGCAUUGGUCCUUCGCAGUCUAUACUUGACGGAACGACCUUGGUUUCAAAAGAUGGAAGCUUUGAGCUUGGUUUCUUCAGUCCAGGUAGCUCCAAGAAUCGCUAUUUGGGAAUUUGGUACAACUACAAGAACAUCCCCGUUCAAACAGUUGUUUGGGUGGCAAACAGAUGCAACCCAAUCAGUGACUUGUCUGGCGUGUUGAUGAUAAACAACACAGGCUAUCUUGUGGUGUUGGGUCAAAAUAAGACUGUUUUUUGGUCAGCCGGCUCAGUUAGACACGCCGAAAGUGCAAGGGUACAGCUGUUAGAUUCUGGAAAUUUGGUACAAACAGAUGGGAAAGAUGGAAAUUCCGGAACCUAUUUGUGGCAAAGCUUUGACUAUCCCUCUGAUACAUUGUUACCAGGAAUGAAGUUGGGAUGGGACUUGAGGACAGGUCUAAAUCGACGUAUAUCAGCAUGGAAAAAUGCAGAAGACCCAUGUCCUGGUACCUUCACUUAUGGGAUUGAAAUGGAUCUUCAAGCAUACCCUCAAGCAUUCGUUCGGAACAGCACUUCAAAAAUCUAUCGUGCCAUCCCAUUGAAUGGCCUUACAUUCUGUGGUUCAUCAGAAAAACAUAGUACGCGUUAUAGUUUCAACUUUGUCUACAACAAUAGUGAAGUGUACUACAUGUACAACCCAACCAUUAGGUCUAUUACCUCAAGAAUAGUUUUGAACCAAACUACCAGUUCGUGCGCUCGCUUUCAUUGGAAGAAAGAAAGUCAAGAUUGGACGGUACAUUCAUCAAGACCUAGAGAUUUGUGUGAUCGCUAUAGCUUCUGCGGAGCGAAUUCGAACUGUAUCAUUGGUCAGAGUCCAGUCUGCCAGUGUCUAAAAGGAUUCAAGCCUAAGUCUCAAGAAAAAUGGAAUUUGACGGACUGGUCUCUAGGAUGCUUGCGCAAUGAACCUUUAAGCUGCCAGGGAAGAGACAAAGAUGGGUUUGUCAAAUUCGUUGGUUUGAAACUGCCAGACACUACACAUUCUUGGGUGGACAAAACCAUAAAUCUCAAGGAAUGCAGCGCCAAAUGCUUGAAAAACUGUUCCUGUACGGCUUAUAGAAGCUCGGAUACUGGAGGACGCACUGGUUGCACCAUUUGGUUUGGCGAUCUAAUAGAUAUCGCACAGGUUUCGGCUGGUGGGCAGGAAAUAUUUAUUCGAAUGCCAGCUUCAGAGUUAGAAAAAAAUGAUGGAAAAGUGAAGACAGCAGUGAUAGUUGCAGCUGUGGUAGUAGUAGUGUUUUCUGGAUUGCUGUUAGUUGGGUGUUACAUUCGUCGAAGCAGGAAAAAAUUAGAAGAAAUAAGACAAAGAGAUCAGGACAAUGAAGGGGCACGAAAUGGGGAACUUGAGCUCCCGCUCUUUGAACUGACUGCAUUAGUUAGUGCAACAGAUAACUUCUCAAGCAAUAACAAGAUUGGGGAAGGCGGCUUUGGACCUGUUUACAAGGGGACACUAGCAGAUGGACAAGAAAUUGCUGUGAAGAGGCUAUCAAGAAGUUCAGGCCAAGGAUUGAACGAGUUCAUGAAUGAAGUUAUAGUAAUUGCGAAACUUCAGCACCGAAAUCUGGUAAAGCUUCUUGGUUGUUGCGUUGAAGGAGAGGAGAAAAUGCUGAUCUAUGAAUACUUGCCCAACGGAAGCUUGGACUCCUUCAUUUUCGUUUUGCAUUCGGAUUUACCUGUGCCAGAUCAACCGAGUGGAGAACUUCUGUUAGAUUGGCCUAAACGUUUCAACAUUAUUUGCGGAAUUGCUCGCGGUCUCCUCUAUCUUCACCAAGAUUCGAGGCUGAGGAUUAUUCAUAGAGAUCUGAAAGCAAGUAAUGUUUUACUUGACAAUGAAAUGAACCCGAAAAUUUCAGAUUUUGGCUUGGCUAGAACAUUGACUGGAGGAGAUCAAACUGGUGGAAAUACAGACAGAGUAGUUGGAACAUAUGGUUACAUGGCACCUGAAUAUGUUAUAGAUGGGCUAUUUUCUGUGAGGUCUGAUGUCUUUAGCUUCGGUGUUUUGGUACUGGAGCUCAUUAGUGGAAGAAAAAAUAAGGAAUUCUACCAUCCAACCAGCCCUAAUCUUAUUGGACAUGCAUGGAGAUUAUGGAAUGAAGGCAGGCAUUCAGAACUUAUGGAUACAUGUUUAGGAAGCUCAUGCGUGCUAUCAGAAGUGUUACGUUGCAUACACGUUAGUCUCUUGUGCGUGCAACAUCAUCCUGAGGAUAGACCAGGCAUGGCGUCUGUGGUUAUAAUGUUGGGAACUGAGAUUGCAUUGGCACCACCCAAACAUCCCGGUUUCUUUAUGGAAAGAGAAUCACAUGAAGGAGGUCCUUGUUCAGGCAACGAAUUAUCCAUUACGGUUUUGGAUCCUCGAUGAGGAUCGACUAUCCAUGAUUGAAAAGUAAAUAGCCGUCUUUACUUGGUUCAAGCAUUGAGGCAAGAUAAGGACCAUUUGGCUAUAAUAUCUCAGUAGGCCUCAGUUGAGUCAGUCUUCUCCAAUUAAGCAGCGAGCUUCUGUUGCACUUCAUCAAAUGCAGCCUUGUUGUUCCUCUUAUGAAUCAGAAGGGACCCCUAAUUUAAAUGAUUGUCUUUGAUUCCAUGCAUAAGUAAACCCCUGAUAUAAGGGAUUGGGUUUUGGAUUGGAACCGAUUCCGCACUGGUUCUUCACCACUUAUACAAAAGCUGAAUCAUUGGAGUUUUA